AUGAACGCGAAUAAAGAGCUUGACGAGACGACCAAGGAACAGUACCACAGCAAAGUCAUCCACAUUCUAAUUGAUUCACUCUCAUCGUCACCUAACCCGGAAUAUGACUCAAACCUAUUGGCCACAGUAGUCAUUCUUCGCAUGUCAGAACAAUUUUGCGAGAUUGAUAAAGAUGUGCGUCAUCACCUUGCCGGCGCUUCUUCAUUAUUCACUUUGCGAGGAUCCAUACGCAAAUGGUCGGUGCACGACACCGAUCUUGCGGGGACAUCAUUUUGGAUAUAUCUUCGAGAAAGCCUCCGACUAUGCUUUCUUAACGAGGAAAAGUGCCAAUUCGAUUUGGACCUGAUUGAAAAAGAAUCCGCGUUUCUUCCAGCCUCUGAGGAGGUUUGGACUAAUCGAAUUACCUACAUCUUGGCACUAGUGUGUAAUUUUGCUUUUGGCAAACAUACAAAGACCCAGACAGUUCCAGAUGCGGCAGAGUUGAGGAAAGCGAUCAAUCUAUGGGCGAGCAAGGUCCCAGCGACGUUCCGCCCUUGGUGUUUCCGGGAGGGCAAGUCGGGUCCUUUUCCAGCGAUCCAUUUUCUAAGCACAUGGCACGUUCUCAAAAAUGCUGAUACCGAUGAUCAUUAA